AUGGAAAUCAUGACAACUAUAACCUUUCCCACCAUUCCUCUCCCUCUCAAUUCAACCACCAUCGGCACCCCUUUGAUUCCAUUUCUCUCUUCCUCUUCAUCUUCCACUUCCCUCUAUUACCUCAAGCAAGUACAUGCCCAGAUUCUACGCUCUAAUCUUUCUCCUUCUAUCAUUCUCAAACUCAUUCUUUCCUCUUCUUCUUCCUCAAUCUCCAGUCUCAAUUAUGCCCUCUCAGUCUUUACCCACAUCCCCACUCCUCACCCUACUCUCUCCAACAAACUCUUGCGGGCUUUAUCUCGCAGUUCCAAGCCUGAGACUAUCCUUUUAGUCUAUCAGAAGAUAAGGGAAGAUGGACUAUUUGGUUUGGAUAAGUUUAGCUUUCCUUUUAUAUUAAAAGCUGCUGCAAAGAUUGCUGCUUUGAAUGAUGGAAUGGAGAUUCAUGGAGUUUUGGCUAAGUUGGAUUUUUAUAAAGACCCGUUUCUGCAAACGGGUUUGAUGGGUAUGUAUGUUGGUUGUGGAAAGAUUUUGGAAGCAAGAUUGGUGUUUGAUAAAAUGUCUUAUAGAGACGUUGUUACUUGGAGCACCAUGAUUAAUGGGUACUAUCAGGGUGGACACUUUGAUGAUGCACUGCAGCUUUUUGAAGAGAUGAGGAGCUCAAAUGUAGAGCCGGACAAGAUUGUCCUUUCCACCAUAAUAUCCGCUUGUGCGCGAGCUAAGAAUUUAGGCUAUGGAAAAGAAGUUCAUGAUCUCAUUAUUGAGAAUAAUUUUGCACUUGACUCCCAUUUAGAGAGUGGCCUUAUCUCUUUGUAUGCAGGUUGUGGUUGUAUGGAUAUGGCCAAAGAAUUGUUUACCAAUAUGUCCUCUAGAAAUUUGGUUGUUUCAACUACCAUGGUUUCUGGCUAUUUAAAGGUUGGAAGAAUUGAAGAUGCUCGCUUGAUUUUCAAUCAGAUGGAUGAAAAGGACUUAAUCUGUUGGAGCAUAAUGAUAUCUGGUUAUGCUGAGAGUGAUCAGCCUCAAGAAGCCCUUCAUCUAUUCAAUGAAAUGCAAUUCUUAGGAAUAGAACCGGAUGAAGUUACCAUGUUGAGUGUAAUCUCAGCUUGUGCUCAUCUUGGUGUGCUGGAUCAAGCUAAACGGAUCCAUAUGUUUGUUGACAAAAAUGGGUUUGGAAAAGCUUUGUCAGUCAACAAUGCCCUCAUUGAUAUGUAUGCCAAAUGUGGAUGUUUGGAAGCAGCAAGAGCAGUUUUUGAGAAGAUGCAAAUAAGAAAUGUGAUCUCUUGGACUAGCAUGAUCAAUGCCUUUGCCAUCCAUGGGGAUGCCAAUAGUGCACUAAACUACUUUCAUCAAAUGAAAGAGGAAAACGUUGAACCUAAUGCAGUGACAUUUGUAGGUGUGCUUUAUGCUUGUAGCCAUGCAGGUCUAUUAGAAAAGGGCCAGAGAAUUUUCGCAUCAAUGAUUAAUGAACAUAGUAUCACUCCUAAACAUGAGCACUAUGGUUGCAUGGUCGAUCUAUUUGGCCGUGCUAAGCUCCUAAGAGAAGCUCUCCAUCUCGUGGAGACAAUGCCUUUGGCACCUAACAUAGUCAUUUGGGGUUCAUUAAUGGCUGCUUGUCAGGUUCAUGGGGAGAUUGAAUUAGGAGAAUUUGCUGCUAGACAGGUGCUUGAGUUGGACCCAGAUCAUGAUGGAGCGCUUGUUCUGCUAUCAAACAUUUGCGCUAAGGAGAAAAGAUGGCAAGAUGUUGGAGAAGUCAGAAACUUGAUGAAACAAAGAGGUAUAUCAAAAGAGAGGGGAUAUAGUAGGAUAGAAUUGAGAAAUGGAGUGCAUGAGUUUUCAGUGGCGGAUAAAAAACAUAAACAAGCAGCUCAGAUCUAUGAGAAGUUAGAUGAAGUGAUAACAAACUUGAAGUUAGUUGGUUAUUCUCCUAAUACAAGUACCGUUCUGGUUGACUUGGAAGAGAAAGCGAAAGAGGAAGCAAUUUUAUGGCACAGUGAGAAAUUGGCCCUUUCUUAUGGGCUGAUUAGCGAGGUAAAGGGAUCAUGCAUCCGCAUAAUUAAGAAUCUAAGGAUUUGUGAGGACUGCCAUACCUUCAUGAAGUUGGUCUCCAAGGUUUAUGAAAUAGAGAUUAUUAUCAGAGAUAGGACUAGAUUUCACCACUACAAAGAUGGUGCGUGCUCCUGUAAUGACUACUGGUAAACUCUUCUGCAAAUUUGAUAACUUCAAAGUUGUAGAUGGCAGACAGUUUAUCAUUAUUAACCAUAAAAUGUAAAAGUUUUGUUGUUGAAGCAGAUAAUGUAUAAAUACUAAACUUCAAAGGUGAA